GGGUGAGCCAAACCCCUUAAGCCGGCUGUGCCUUCUUUCUCCCUUCUGCCAACGAGGCCAAUACACAGUAGAGAGAGAAAGAGGAGAGAGAGAGGAGAUAGGAGAGAGAAAGGUCUGCGAUUCGCAACGGUAAUCUCCCACUGCGAGUCUAGGGUUUCACCAACGCCAACAACAUCUCCACACUCCAACGACUGUUCUCCGAUCUCAUACCCCGAUCUACACUCCCAAUUCUCCACCACUCUUCUGGUUUAACUCAUGGGAGUAUAGAUAUUACAAGGAGAUUGAGUGAGUGAGACAAAACCAAUGGGAACUGAGAAUCCUAAUCGUCCAAGUUUCCCUGCAAGGCCUGCUGCUACACCCUUUGCAGCUGGUCCCCAGCCUACAAUGCCUUUUCUAUCAUCUGGGCCUGUGGUGGGAUCACAGGCCUCUGGAUUUAGACCCACCCCAUCAUCUACUCCCCAGGCUGCAAUGCCUUUCUUGUCAUCUGGGCCUGUGGUUGGACCAGAGACCUCUGGUUUUAGACCUACUCCACCAGGUAGGUUCAGUGAUCCAUCCUUGCCUUCUGUGCCUUCAGCAAAUGCCCCACCAACUCUGGGACCUUUCCAGCGUUUCACAACACCACAAAAUCCUUCAACAGCUCAAGCACCUCCUGCACGCCCUCUUCCUGUAGGGCAACCUGUUUUUCCUCCACCAGUUCAACCUCCUGCAGGUCAAGUUCCACCAGUUUCUUUCCGUCCACAGUCUCAGCUACCUUCAGUGCCUAUGGGAUCUCCUCCACAAAGCAUGAAUAGUGCACCAUUACGUGCAAAUGCUCCUCAGCCACUACUAGAUUCUUCAUUUUCAGCUUCCAGACCACCGUUUCAGCCAUCUUUUCUCCCACCAGAGUCAACUUAUCCUGCAGCAAGAGCCAAUUUACAGCCAUCUUUUCCUGGUUAUCCAAGCAAGCAGUCUAAUGCAGUUCCACAAGCACCUGCUGUACAGUCUCCUUUUCUUACUCAACAAGGAGGUUAUGCAGCAGCCCCACCAACAUCUUCUCCCCCUUUUCUUGCUCAACCAGGAGGUUACAUCCCACCUCCACCAGUUGCUGCACCAUUAGGCCUGCAUUCAAGGGAACAAAUGCAACAUCCAGGCACUGGACCUCCUAUAGGAGCUGUCCAGGGCUUGAUAGAAGAUUUCAGCUCUCUUUCUGUUGGAUCUGUUCCUGGAUCAAUUGAUCUAGGGAUUGAUUCAAAAGCAUUGCCAAGGCCAUUGGAAGGUGACGUUGAACCAAAUUCCUUUGCUGAGAUGUAUCCCAUGAAUUGUCAUUCCAGAUAUCUACGGCUGACAACUUCUGGUAUACCAAAUUCCCAGUCAUUGGUUUCAAGGUGGCAUUUGCCUCUAGGAGCAGUUGUUUGUCCUCUUGCGGUGCCUCCUGAUGGGGAGGAAGUGCCAAUCGUCAAUUUUGCUGCAACUGGCAUUAUUCGUUGUAGAAGAUGUCGCACAUAUGUGAAUCCGUAUGUGACAUUUACUGAUGGUGGCAGAAAGUGGCGUUGCAACAUCUGUUCUUUGCUCAAUGAUGUUUCUGGUGAUUAUUUCUCCCAUUUGGAUGCAAUUGGCAGAAGAAUUGAUUUGGAUCAACGUCCUGAGCUUAUUAAGGGUAGUGUGGAAUUUGUUGCUCCCACUGAAUAUAUGGUUCGUCCUCCAAUGCCACCACUAUAUUUUUUCCUCAUUGACGUAUCACUAUCUGCGGUUAGGAGUGGUAUGCUUGAGGUUGUAGCACAAACUAUUAGAUCUUGCUUGGAUGAGCUACCUGGUUCCACCAGAACACAGAUUGGUUUCAUAACUUUUGACAGCACCAUACAUUUUUAUAAUAUGAAGUCGUCGUUGACACAGCCUCAAAUGAUGGUAGUCUCAGAUCUAGAUGAUAUAUUUGUUCCAUUGCCAGAUGAUCUCCUUGUGAAUUUGUCCGAAUCAAGAAGUGUGGUGGAAACAUUUCUAGAUAGCUUGCCAUCUAUGUUUCAGGACAAUGUCAACCUAGAAUCUGCAUUUGGUCCAGCUCUUAAGGCUGCUUUUAUGGUUAUGAGCCAACUUGGGGGUAAAUUGUUGAUUUUCCAGAAUACACUGCCUUCUCUUGGUGUUGGCCGCCUGAAGCUGCGUGGUGAUGACCUUCGUGUUUAUGGAACUGAUAAAGAACAUGCAUUGAGAUUACCUGAAGAUCCAUUUUAUAAGCAAAUGGCUGCUGAUCUUACUAAGUACCAGAUAGCAGUGAAUAUAUAUGCUUUCAGUGACAAAUACACAGAUAUAGCCUCCUUAGGAACCUUGGCAAAGUACACUGGUGGUCAGGUAUACUACUACCCAAGCUUCUUAUCAAUCAUUCACAAAGAUAGGUUGAGACAUGAGCUAUCCAGGGACCUUACAAGGGAAACUGCCUGGGAAGCUGUCAUGCGCAUAAGAUGUGGCAAAGGUGUGCGGUUUACAUCUUAUCAUGGGAACUUCAUGCUAAGAUCCACUGAUUUGUUAGCCCUUCCAGCUGUAGACUGUGAUAAAGCCUUUGCAAUGCAGUUAUGUCUUGAAGAGACUUUACUAACAACUCAGACUGUAUAUUUCCAAGUUGCUCUGCUAUACACUUCAUCUUCUGGAGAAAGGCGAAUCAGGGUACAUACGGCAGCAGCACCAGUGGUUGCAGAUCUGGGAGAGAUGUACCGCCAGGCUGAUACUGGUGCUGUAGUGUCUUUAUUUUGUAGGCUAGCAAUUGAGAAAACUUUGUCCCAUAAGCUGGAAGAUGCACGGAACUCCGUGCAACUAAGGCUUGUCAAGGCCUUCAAAGAAUAUCGAAAUCUCUAUGCUGUGCAGCAUCGGUUGGGAGGCAGGAUGAUAUAUCCAGAAUCUUUGAAGCUUUUGCCUUUGUAUGCAUUAGCACUCUGUAAAUCAACACCUCUACGUGGAGGGUAUGCUGAUGCUCAGCUCGAUGAACGCUGUGCAGCAGGUUAUACUAUGAUGACGUUACCUGUUAAAAGAUUAUUGAAGCUUCUAUAUCCUAGCUUGAUUCGGAUUGAUGAGUAUCUUUUAAAGCCAACUGCUCAGGCAGAUGAGUUGAAAAGGUUACCACUAGUUGCGGAGAGCUUAGAUUCUAGAGGUCUAUAUAUUUAUGAUGAUGGUUUUCGCUUUGUUAUUUGGUUUGGAAGAAUGCUUUCACCUGAAAUAGCUAUGAAUCUACUUGGGCAAGACUUUGCUGCUGAUUUAUCGAAGGUUAGUCUUUAUGAGCAUGACAAUGAAAUGUCAAGAAAGCUAAUGGGCAUACUUAAGAAAUUUAGGGAGAGUGAUCCUUCAUAUUAUCAGCUAUGCCAUCUUGUAAGACAAGGUGAACAACCAAGAGAAGGUUUCUUUUUACUUGCAAAUCUUGUUGAAGACCAGAUUGGAGGUACCAAUGGCUAUGCUGAUUGGAUUUUGCAAAUACACCGACAAGUACAGCAAAAUGCGUGAGGUACAGCAGGUAGCAAGGUGUUAAUCAUUGGCACACACUGGUUGACAACAUUCAGGUAAAGUGAUCAAAUGUCUUGUUCGGGCCAUUUGAAUAAUCUGAAUUCAGCUGCGGGUCCCCCUUCAAUGUGGAUGUUGAGUUGACGAAGCUGAACGCUUGAGACAUUUGCAAACAGCAAUUUGUUGGGUUCUUUUUACGGGAUUUAAUAAUUAGGGGAUAUGUACUUUUAGUGAUAUAAUCUUGUGCCGCUGUUUUCAUAUUAAAAAUAGAAAAGUUAAAAUUUUUUGUGCUGUGAUAUGGUUGCUCAAGAAAUUUUCCUGUUUAUGUUGUGCCCGGCACCUCCCCCCCACCCCCCACCCCCUUCUUCCUAGAUUGGCUUGUCUUAGAAUUUGGUGAUGCCACCAUUUGCUUGCCAAAUUGCUUUUAACAUUUUUUGGUUACAACCAUAAGUUUAUCAUGAUAUUUGAGGUCAA